AUGAAUUCUUUGUAUGUUGGUGACCUCCACCAAAACGUCACCGAGGCAGACCUAAACAAGAUGUUUAGUGAAGCCGGACCAAUCUCUUCUGUCCGUGUAUGUAGGGAUCGGGUUACACAUCGUUCCCUCGGGUACGCCUACGUUAACUUUUAUCAGCCAGACGAUGCUGAGCGUGCCCUGCACAUGUUCAGCAAUGAUAUGCUCGAAGGAAGAUAUCUGCGCAUCAUGAGGUCUGAUCCUGACCGUACCCUGAGGAAGAGUGGGGUGGGAAACAUCUUCAUCAGGAACCUGGACAAGAAGUCUAUAACAAACAAAAACCUGUACGAGACCUUCUCAGCAUUUGGAGACAUCUACUCUAGCAAGGUAGUUUGUGACGAGAAUGGCCAUUCCAAGGGUUAUGGUUAUAUUCAAUACAAGACCCAGGAGGCUGCUGAUAGAGCCAUCGAGAAAUUAAAUGGCAUGUUAAUGGAUAACGAAAAAGUGUUUAUCGAGCGCUUUAAGUCACGCAAAGAGCGAGAGGCGGUGGCUUGGAGCAAGGCCAGUAGAGUCAACCAACGUCUUUGUCAAGAAUCUGUGCAGAACACGAACUGA